AGCUAUAUAAGUACGUAUUUUUAAUAAGUAGAUACAGCGCUUUUCACUGGUCUUAUCGGCACGUCCCACAGUUAACGAUUAUUUUGCAGUUCGAUUGUUGAUUUCAUACUUCAGACUCCGAUUCGCUGCUGAGAGAUCUGACUAUAGUGCGUGACAGCCCAGGUCUAAAACACCAUUUAAAAGUUCACGCCCAAACUUUUUCAAGCGUCUCACCAGACUUUAGAUCGAUAUGUUUGACAGUUGUCUUUCCGGCGUCACUCAGGGACUUCCCUGUUGAAAAAUCCGAAAACGUUGUUAUUUUGUCUACAGAGAUUCAGCCUAAAACCUUAUGUACUGCUCUUUGUUCGUGUUUUUACUGAAAUCGAUUAAGUUUGUUUUAUGCGACGUCGGCUCUUGCGCUCUCAACGAUGAGAGCGCAGUGUUUCAUGCUGAAGCGAGCAUUUGCCACAUCGAACCUCCAUCGUUCUGAUCGUGCCAUAAUCCUGGUUUAUUGCACAUUUGGCCUGCGAGCUUCUUGAUUCUCUUUCCGCCUUGCUAGAUUGCAUUUUCUCUUUCCUGCAGCCUAUCGCAGAUUUUGAAACCAUAUUGCAGAGCGUUUAUGCAGCCUUUUAGCAAUUUAUUGCCUCCUGCUCAUGCAAGGUUACCAGCUGACGCAUGCGAUGUGAAUAAAAGAAAAGAUUAGUUCGGACUCUCGAUAUGGCUGCGCAUUUUCUGAAACGUCAAGUUACCCAUUUGGGAUAUUCCGGAAGUGCUAUAAUUUACUGGCAUGAAGCACAAGGAUGUCCUCCAUCGGUUAAAGCCUUGCCACUUCAUGACAUUGAAUCCUUGGAGCCCGGAAAUAGGAUUUCAGAAAAAACGUUAUGCAAUGCGCGAUACAAAGACCAAAUAUAUAAAUGUGUGGUGCUCUGGAUCGAAGAAGAUAAAAGCCCGGACGAAUUGACCGUGGCGCGCUUGCUACCGUCAUCGAAUGAGCGGAUUUUUGAGGAGAAGGGAAUGCGAUGGGCUCGAGAAUUGCAGUAUAAUGGAUUAGCAAAAGGACGAUCGGAAUUGAUUGGGGUGAAAGCGGAGCUGGUGGAAGGACCGGAUGCGCGGGAGCAGUCGAUCUCUCAAAAUCAAGCAGAAAGAAACAUGAGAAAUGGGGAUGAAAUCGAGUGCGAAGACGAUCCAAAAAGGUACAGUGGCGAGCUGGAAUUGAAUUUUAAUGGAAUCGACCACGAUGAACCGGUUGAUCAUGAUGCCAACAGCCCGGCAUAUGAAUCCUCCGCCGCUUCUGCUUCCAGCAGCACAUACACGCCGCAUGCACGAGGUCACAUUCCGAAUUCCAUCAAUGAUAUGGGGAUAAAAAUGCAGAAGCAGGGGCGAAAGCAGAAGAUUCCCACGAAAGCCUGUUCUAUGGUGCAAAUGAUGCCCUCUGUUCCCCGUAUGAACAUUCCUUCUUCCAUUCGAAGCCAGAGCCCGAUGAUGGAUGAUCUCGAUGAUGACAUGGACGACUUUGAUGAUAUGCCGUCGCUGACGGCAGCUGAUACAACUUCUCUGGCUCUCUCAAGCGACGGUCUCGUGAAACGAAUGUUACUGGAGACUACUUGGACGAAAGCACUACGAUGCGCUAUGCGUGAACUUUUCACGGAAGAUGAGCUGGCCACUUCAUUGCCACACCAGUCAAAAAGCGGCAUGAAUGUUCUUGAUCCGCAUCGUUUAGCUGUUGCGAAAGAUUUGUUAGCCAAAUAUUGCUCUUCCAAAGACGUUCCACAGCCUUCGCGACGGCACGUUUCUCAAGCGCUUCACAAGUGCCUGAUUAGCAGCAGGACAAGUAAAUUCCGGAUGAAGAAGUUCUCCCAUGGACCUAAAUUCAACUUUAACCAUUCCGGUAUGCCGCAGAAAGUUGCCAAGUUCCGCGAUAUGGAUUUGCCGCGGCAGCUAAAUUAAUGGAUCUGAUUGUGAAACUGCAUGCCGGUUUCACGAUUUGAAUGUAUGCCGGUUUCACUGCCGGUGGUUGCAAAUACAUAUUUAAUUUUUUCUCAUAAGAGGGAAUCUCUUUUUUGUUUGUGUGCACUUUUUUAAGAUCUUAAGUCUGAAGUGUGAUCUGUUUUCGUCACUUCGAUUCCUCGACGGUGUUGAUCUAGAAUUUUAAAUUCCAUAGUCGGUUAGCCUAUGCAUAGUACUAAAGUUCCUGAGCUGGUGCCAGGUGGCAUUGAUUAUUGUAUUUAGUUUUUCGUCCCGCCGUGCUGUGCCUGGUGGACUUGGUACGCGUCAGUAUCCCGUUCUACCAGGAAUUUUCAAAGAAUAAAUCCACUUGCGAACAAGAA